AUGGUGAAAGCCGUGCUGCUCCACUUGAGCCGCGGGCUUUCCGAGGAUGCCCCCUUGGCCAAGGCGCUGAGAGACUGGGUGUUGGACAAUCUGGCCUGGCUUGAUCUGGGCCUUCGAAAAAGAGACGCAACAAACUGGGACGCCUUGCAACAGGCGCUCCAGGACUGGCGGCUGCCCGAGGCUCCCGUGCCUUAUGUUACGGAAAUCUCCGAUACGCUUGCCGAGCUGCUCGGGCUGGAUGUCGAAAACAGCACCCUGCUGGCUCUGCUCAUCGGCUGCGAUCGUCUGCCGAAGUUGCAAAACCUCACGGAAGUUGUGAUCGGAAAAGGGGUCGAUCUGCCGGUAUUGCUCGCCGAGCUUUGCGGCGUUUCGGCCCAUGAAGCAUUGCGCUUUGUCAGGCGCAGCCCCGUGUUCCGGCUGGGCCUGAUCGGUUUUCAGGCAUAUCGCUCGGGCGUUGUGUCGGUCGACAUCAAGUGGGCGCUGGAAAAGUUGCUGGAUCGUGCUCCGAGCCAUGGCGAGGAAUUCGUCGAUGCGCUGAUUGGUCCGCGUCACAAGACAAGCCUGUCCAUGGAGGAUUUUGCCGAAGUCGAGGAUGCACCUUUUCUUGCGAGCCUGAUCGCGGGUGCUGCCAGGGAGCAGGCAAAAGGCAUCAACAUCCUGAUCUAUGGUCCGCCGGGUACGGGCAAGACCGAACUGGCACGUGUGCUUUGCCGCGAGGCAGGCAUGCGUCUUCAUGCCGUCGGUGAGGUCGAUGAUGACGGGGAAGAGCCGACACGUUACGACCGCGUCAGUGCACUUCUGCUUGCACAGCGUGUUCUGAAGGACGGCAAGGAAGCCGCGAUCCUGUUUGACGAAAUGGAGGAUUUCAUCGGCGAUGCGCAACGCAGCUCUGGUGACUGGAUGACGCGCCGUGACGGCAGCAAGGUGUUCGUCAACCGCAUGCUGGAAGACAACCCUGUUCCCGUCAUCUGGACAACAAACGCCGUCGGCAACAUGGAUGAUGCGAUCAUCCGCCGGAUGAGUUUUGUCCUGAAAAUGGACUAUCCGGUGCGCAAGGCAAGGCAGCGCGUUGCCGCUCGCAUCUGUGCCGACGAGAAAGUGGAAUUUUCCAGGGAAGUUGCGGAUCUGGUCGAAAGCGCUGCUGAAUCGACGACCAUUCUGCGCACUGCAGCAAGGGCCUCGAGGCUGGCGGGGGCAGGAGGGAGCGUCGAAAGACCUGCGGAAGUGCUGGUAAAGACGCUUCGCGGCGGGGAAAUGCCGAACCGGGUACCGCAGGAGAUUGAUCUGGGCCUCUACAACACCGAGCCUUCGCUGGGUGCUGUGAUGGAGAGCAUCGCGGAAUGUGGCCACAGUGAUGUUUCGCUGUUGCUCAGCGGCCCUCCAGGCACGGGCAAAACGGCUUUUGCGCAUCACUUUGCAACUCGCCUGGACAAGCCGUUGCUGACCAAGCGGGCCUCAGAUCUUCUGUCCAAAUGGGUCGGUGGCACGGAGCGCAAUAUCGCCGAAGCCUUCGCCGAUGCGCGGCAGGAGCAGGGUGUCCUGUUUUUCGACGAGGCGGACAGCCUGAUGUUCGACCGAGGCACAGCGAGCGCGAAUUGGGAAGCCGGGCAGGUCAACGAACUGUUGUCGUGGCUUGAUAAUCAUGACCAGCCAGUGCUGGCGGCAACCAACUUUGCAUCAAAGCUGGACGCGGCCACCCUGCGCCGGUUUGAUUUCAAGCUGGAACUGAAGCCGCUCGACAAGGCUGGCCUGUCACACGCGUUUCGCAGGUUCUUUGGAGCCGAAGCGCCUUUGGAAAUUGCUUGCAUGCGCAAUUUGACACCCGGAGACUUUGCCGUCGUCAGGAAGCAGAUGCGGUUCAACAAGAGCCCGUCUGUGCACGACAUUACCCGUGCGCUGAUGAAGGAGGCCAGGAUGAAGCCUGAAACCGGACUGUCGAUCGGGUUUGUAUGA